CACACCCAAAAGAGGCAAAAUUUAUCUUUCCAUAUUCCUAAAAAAGCCCCCAGUGUUUUCCGCCACCGCCCUCCCAGACCCUCCUAAAUUAGGGUUUUGCUCUCUCUUCCAUGCCUUUGAUAGCAUUCCUCCCUUCUCACCUCCUCUCAUUCUCACAGUAGAGAGAGGAAACAAGUUUCUUUCUCUCUCUAAAAUUAUAUCCUUUUCCGGUCUUCAGUUUUUCCUAUCUAUCUUUGCGUCUAUCUAUACAUACAAAAUCCAAACUAGCAUCAAUCUAUAUAUUUGUAAUAUAUAGAUCAAUAUAGAUUAUUGCGGCGAUCGGGCAGCCCAUAGUUUUUUAUUUGUGAGUUAUGCAGGCUGAUCAGACGGUGUUGAGCUUGAGACCAGGUGGCGGCACUCGCGGCGGAAGCAGAGUAUUCGGCCCGCGCUUUGAUUCCUCGUCGGCGAGCUCCGAUCUUCCCCUGCUGCGUCCCCAUGGCGGUAUACCUGCGUCUUCGCUCACUUCCCUCAAGACUGGAGAGUCUCGAUUUGAUGGCCAUGAACGGAUCCGUUAUACUAGAGACCAGCUUCUGCAGUUAAGAGAGGUGGUCAGCAUCCCUGAUGACAUUCUAAAAGUUAAACAAGAAGUUGACGCUGAAUUUUUUGGUGCAGAUCCUACCUGGGGUCGAGCAGAAAUCAAUCUGCCAACUCAGACUCAGAAUCGUUAUUCUGAACCAGACAACCGUGACUGGCGCAAUCGUUCUGCUCAAUUCCAGCCUCCAGCGGAGGAGAGAUCCUGGGAGGCGAUAAGGGACAGAGAAUUUGGUGGUCGGUUUGAUUCUAGGCAGCAAGAUGUAAAUCAAUACAAUAAGCAGGAGCAGCUGAGCUCACAGUUUUCAAGAGCACAAAAUUCUUCCAACCAAGGGGUUGCACCUGCUCUAAUUAAGGCUGAGGUGCCAUGGUCCGCUCGGCGGGGAAGUCUUUCUGAGAAAGAUCGUGUUUUGAAAACUAUCAAGGGCAUACUUAAUAAGCUGACACCUGAGAAAUUCGAUAUUUUAAAGGGUCAAUUGAUUGAGUCUGGAAUCACAACAGCAGAUAUUUUGAAGGAUGUUAUUUCUUUGAUAUUUGACAAGGCCGUCUUGGAGCCAACCUUUUGCCCCAUGUAUGCAUUGCUAUGUUCAGAUUUAAAUGAAAAGCUUCCUCCAUUUCCAUCAGAUGAGCCUGGGGGAAAAGAAAUCACGUUCAAGCGUGUUCUCUUGAAUAUUUGUCAAGAGGCAUUUGAAGGUGCUGAUAAGUUGAGGGAAGAGGUUCGGCAGAUGACUGCGCCUGAGCAAGAAUCGGAGAGAAGAGAUAAGGAACGGCUUAUCAAAAUCCGAACACUUGGGAACAUCCGCCUUAUUGGAGAACUUUUAAAGCAGAAGAUGGUUCCAGAAAAGAUUGUUCAUCACAUUGUUCAGGAACUAUUAGGUCAAGAUACCAAGAGUGUCCCGGAGGAGGAGAAUGUUGAGGCCAUAUGCCAUUUCUUCAAUACUAUCGGCAAACAGCUUGAUGAGAACCAAAAAUCAAAGCGUAUUAAUGAUAUGUACUUUAAUCGCUUAAAAGAUUUGUCUACAAACCCUCAACUGGCUGUAAGACUAAGGUUCAUGGUCCGUGAUGUUCUUGAUCUGCGUGCCAGUAAUUGGGUUCCGAGGAGGGAAGAGGUGAAAGCUAAGACCAUCAAUGAGAUUCACUCGGAAGCAGAGAAAAAUCUGGGGUUACGUCCAGGUGCAAGUGCUGGCAUUAGGAAUAGUCGAGCAAUUGCUUCUGGGGCUCAAGGAAGUAUUAGUCCUGGUGGUUUCCCAAUGAAUCGUCCUGGUGCAGGUGGUAUGAUGCCUGGGAUGCCAGGAGCGAGGAAGAUGCCUGGGAUGCCUGGAAUGGAUAAUGACAAUUGGGAAGUUCCCCGAUCUCGAACCAUGCCAAGAGGUGAUGCUUCUAACGUUCAUACUGGGCGUGGUCAGUCUCCGCUUAUAGCAAAGUCGCCUUCAGUGAACCAGAGACUUCUACCUCAAGGUAGUGGUGGAUUCAUGAGUGGCAGGAGUGCCCUCUUGCAGGGCAGUGGUGCAUCACCUGCUUCUCCUGUUGCAGACCCUAAGUCUCAAGUUCCUACUUCAUCUAGACAGCCUCCAGCUCCCUCUGUUAUGCCAGUUACAGCAAAACCAUCAGCUCCAACUGCAAAAUCGAAUCCUGUCGAGCUCAAGAGGAAGACAGCAUCGCUUCUGGAGGAGUACUUCAGUGUCAGACUUUUGGAUGAGGCGUUACAAUGCAUUGAAGAACUGAAGUCCCCUGCCUAUCACCCCGAGGUUGUCAAAGAGGCGAUCUCACUUGGGUUGGAGAAGAGCCCACCUUGUGUCGAACCCAUCGGGAAACUUCUGGAAUACUUGUAUGCUAAAAAGGUCCUUGAUUCAAAGGACAUCGUUACUGGAUGCCUCCUAUAUGCCGCGUCACUGGAUGAUCUGGCCAUUGAUUUGCCAAAAGCGCCUGCCAAUUUUGGCGAGGUCAUCGGUAUACUAGUUGUGGCCGGAUGCUUGAACUUUAAGGUAGUAAGAGACAUUCUGGCGAAGGUGGGUGAUGACUAUUACCAAAAGGCCAUAUUCACUGCUGCUGUUAAGGUUGUUGGCUCCAGCCCUUCUGGGAAGGAGUUGCUCGAUUCUCAGGCAUCCGAUGUGACAGCGUGCGAGAGCCUAUUUUAGAGCUCGCUCCUUGUUGUAAGAGUCGUCUGUAAAACCUCGAUAGAUGAAACGUGCCUUCGUUCGUUUGCUUCUAAUUGCACCGUUGAGGCCGAGACCGAGCCCGUGACCGUGGUGAGUUGGUGAUUGAGCUGCGAGGAGCAGGUGACGUUGGUGCCUUGUGUAUUUUACUUGAUUGAGGUCGUGUUACCGUGUUCAUUAGAAGAAUGAUGAAAUGAACAAAAAAGAUAAAUUAAAAAAGCAAAAAUAAAAAAAUAGAACAUCAAGAUUUUGUUUCUGGAGCGGCUAAACGGAUGAUGCCAAUGGUUGCUCGAAGUUGUUUUUACUUAUUUUUUUGUAUUUGAUUAGUUUUUAGUUUUAUUAGUUGUGUCGACCUAUUAAAUUUUGUCGGAUUUGUGAGUCAUUGAUACUAUGCACAAAAAAUUUAAGGAAAUAUGUGACGGUAUAUUUUGUUUUGCACUA